GGGUCCUGGGAGAGCAGGGGAGGCCCGCCUGCCCCGCCCCCGCCCUCCGCGCGGAGCUUCCCUUCCGCGCGGCGACUGCCAGCUUCCCUUUCCGGGAGCUCAAGCAGCGGCCGCCGGUGUCUCUUUCUUCUCCGCGGCGUUUGCAGCUUCCCCGGGGCGGGUAUGGCAGCCAGGAGACGCGGGGCCGGCCUGCGGCUCUGCGCCACUGUUUUUUUACUUGAUAUGGCUUUCUGUAAAGGAUUUGUAGAAGAUUUAGAUGAAUCGUUUAAAGACAAUCGAAAAGAUGACAUUUGGCUUGUAGAUUUUUAUGCACCGUGGUGUGGCCAUUGUAAAAAACUGGAACCGAUUUGGAAUGAAGUUGGUCGUGAGAUGAAAAGCAUUGGUUCUCCAGUAAAAGUUGGGAAGAUGGAUGCUACUUCCUAUUCUAGCAUUGCUUCAGAGUUUGGAGUUCGAGGUUAUCCAACAAUUAAGCUAUUAAAGGGGGACUUGGCAUAUAAUUAUAGAGGACCACGAACUAAAGAUGAUAUUAUUGAGUUUGCUCACAGAGUAUCCGGGGCUCUAAUUCGGCCACUUCCAAGUCAGCAAAUGUUUGAACACGUGCAGAAGAGACAUCGUGUGUUUUUUGUUUAUAUAGGUGGAGAGUCACCUUUGAAGGAGAAAUACAUCGAUGCUGCUUCAGAACUAAUUGUAUAUACAUACUUCUUUUCUGCCUCAGAAGAAGUGGUUCCUGAGUAUGUGACAUUGAAGGAGGUGCCUGCUGUCCUUGUUUUCAAAGAUGAGGCUUACUUUGUUUAUGAUGAGUACGAGGAUGGUGAUCUGUCAUCGUGGAUCAACAGGGAGAGGUUUCAGAACUAUCUUACCAUGGACGGUUUCCUCUUGUAUGAACUUGGAGACACGGGAAAGCUUGUGGCGAUUGCAGUUAUUGAUGAGAAAAAUACAUCAAACGAACACACCAGAUUAAAAUCAAUUAUUCAGGAAGUUGCUAGAGAUUACAGAGACCAGUUCCAUAGAGAUUUUCAGUUUGGCCAUAUGGAUGGAAAUGACUAUAUAAAUACUUUGCUAAUGGACGAACUGAAAGUCCCAACGGUGGUCGUACUGAAUACUUCGAACCAACAGUACUUUUUGCUGGACAGACAGAUCAACAGCGUGGAGGACAUGGUGCACUUCAUCAGUAGCAUCCUGGAUGGCACAGUGGAGGCACAAGGAGGUGAUAGCAUUUUGCAGAGAUUGAAAAGAAUAAUAUUUGAUGCCAAAUCUACUAUUGUGUCUAUCUUCAGGAGCUCCCCUCUCAUGGGCUGCUUUCUCUUCGGCCUUCCCCUGGGCGUCAUCAGUAUCAUGUGCUACGGCAUCUACACAGCGGACGCCGAUGGCGGGUAUAUAGAAGAACGAUACGAGGUGUCCAAAAGUGAACUUGAAAGCCAAGAACCAACAGAAGAAAGCAAAGAACAGGGGGCGAGCGGCGGAGCCGCCCUCGGGCCUACGGAGCAAGAACCUAAAGAUGUACUGGAGAAGAAGAAAGAUUGAACUUUGCUAGUGUGGAAUAUUUGAUAGGAUUUCAGAUUAUUAAAGAGUCUAUUUAUUGAACUUAGGCAUUUAAUCAUGAUCUUUACAAAAGAGAAUAUGUUACUAGUAUUUUGCUAACAUCAGCUUGCAUGGAUUAAAGUUGCCCUUCACAGAUGGGGAGGCGUUUGGAGCAAACAGAGGAAAUGUUUAUCUAAAACAAAAAAAGAAAUGAGGAAACACUCCAUCAACGUUUACUGCAUAGAUGUUAUUUUAGCAGAGCAGUUCUCUUGCAUGUUUCUCUAUCUGAGCAUUCUGAGACAAAAUUAAGAUUCCUGGGCAGAAUAUUUAAAUUGGUCAGUCAGGUAGAAGUUACAUGUGUGAUAAAGAAAAACAGUACCUCCACCUUCUACCAUUCAUUCUCCUCAUAUAUUUUAGAUAAGAUUUCCAUGGGCAAAAUUACAUCUUUAAAGUUUAGCACUUUAGGGAGAACUAACACUUUUUUCCAUUGGUCAAAUUAAGACUAUGACUUAAAAAUAAUUUGGUUUUAUAUAGUAUAGCAAUUUUAUUUUGUUAGUUAUUUUUAAAGGAGAGGAAAUGUUACUUUUUAACUUUCUACUCAGUUACCUUAUAAAAUUUUCAUAUGGAUCUAUAUAGUGGGAAAAAAAUAAGUGUAAUCUUUGGAAAUUAAACAGGAUUGACCUGGAGCAGUGAUUUCAGGCCACGGGCUGGGCCACGCUUCACAUGUGUCUCGGUGACCACUGUAGAAAGGGGAGAGUGUGAACUCCUGCCCUGCGUUAGCCAGAACGACCUACUCGUUUUUCUCUUUCUUGUUUUAUAUAUUGGAAUUUCUUCUAAAAAUUUCCUUUGAUAACAAGCUCCUGCUGCUUUUUAAAAGUAAUAUAUAUUGUAUUUUUAAUGUUUAUGCUAUGGUAACUUUAUGGUAACUUAUAAUAUGUGUGUAUCUGUGUGUGUGUAUACACACACACAUGCACAUGUAUUUACAUAUACAUAUACAAUUUAUCGACAUGUCUGUCAUGUAAUAUUAUGGGCAUGUCUAUGUUCAUAAUGAGUAACGAGUGACAUAAUCAGCCUGUCAGCAAAAUUUAUAUCCAGUGAUUAAGAGCCAACUGUUACCUUCUCCCUCCUCUCAAUUCUGACACCCAUUUCAUUUUCUCUCUCUAAUGAAGUAACAUAGGAAUUCUGUCCCAAGUAGUGUAUAAAAAUUGGCAUUGUUGUAAGUAACAUUAUGAUAUAUUUAUUGUAGAUUAUAUUUGAGCCUUUCAUUUUAGCUAACUUUAGGUUUUUAUUAGAUGACCAUUGUUUGGGUGAUUAUUCAUUGAGCAAUGGAGUUAAACAAUAGAAUGGUUUUUAUUAAAUGCUGAAAAAUCUGUAAUCAUUUUAAAAAUAUGCAGCUCAUGGCCCUGAUACUGAAGUUGUUCAGGGCUUUGGUCCCAAGGCAGCUGUUGAUUUCUGAUACCGUGCUGCUCACGACUAAACCAAAACUCUUGUCCAAAUCAGUUUCUAGCAGUCGUUUUAUCGUAUCCACGUGCUCUUUUACAUAUAGUGACUAAAUGCUUAUUCUUACUGUUUGGCGCUCUUAUCAUUUUUAAUAAUGAAGCACAUAGGAAGUCCCAGGAAAUUUCAGGAAAUAAUGGAAAGAAAUGUUCUCAAGUGGAAACUGGAGAUGAAUGCUGUUAAUUAAACAAGUAGAUUCGUCUCCAAAGAGUAAAGAGGGAUUCUUUGGGAGGCUAAAUACUAAUGUUCCCGGGGGUCAAGCUUGUUCUGCCACAGUGAAUAAAGCUUAGGUGGGUGCAAAACCUCACUUGAGUCUAGGAAGGAAGGUAAAGCUUAGCCUCUGCCAGGGGCAGCAGGAAUUUGUAGGAAAUGUCCCCGUUUUCUUCUUGCUUAUCACCAUCAGAUGUUCAUCAUCUGUACGUUUUCAGC